AAUAAGAGGAAUGAAAAAUAAUUAAGAAUGGUAAGGGAAGUGAGUCUUAUCCUUUUAAAUACGUAAACUAAACUGGUUGGAGCAAGAGAGAGAGAUAGCAUACUGGUGAAGAAGAUGGUUAACUUAGUGAAAGCAUAUGGGUGGUUGUUGCAGUGGUUGAUAAAGAGGGUGGGGUUGAGACCCUCCACGGUGGAGAUAGAGCCAGGGACGGUAAUGAGAUUCUGGGUCCCAUGCGACGCCGUUUCGAAGCCGGUGGUGGUUCUCCUGCACGGUUUCUGCGGCGACGGUAUCAUGAACUGGCAGUUCCAAGUUACAGCAUUGGCCAAAGACUACGCGGUUUACGUGCCGGACCUUCUCUUCUUCGGCGGUUCCGUCAGCGACAAGGCGGAUCGGUCGCCGGCGUUUCAAGCGGAGUGUGUGGCGGCGGGGUUAGGGAAGCAGGGAGUGGAGAAGUGCGUGGUGGUUGGGUUCAGUUAUGGUGGGUACGUGGGUUUGGAGAUGGCUUGGUUGUGCGGUGAGCUUGUUGAUGGUGUUGUGGUUUCUGGCUCCGUUGUGGGUGUAAUAGAGAACGUGGUUUUGAGGGCAGUGGAAGGUGCUGGCUAUGGUUCGUGUUCGGAGAUGUUGUUGCCAACCUCUGUUAAGGAACUCAAAACCCUUUUCUCUGUCGGUGCUCACACCAAAUUCUGGCUACCCAACCGUUUGCACCGAGAUUUUCUUCAGGCAAUGUACUCCAAUAGGAAGGAGCGAGCUGAGCUAUUAGAGGCCUUGGUCAAUAGCUACAAAGACAUCAACAUCCCAAAAUUUCAGCAGCGAAUACAUCUUCUAUGGGGUGAAAAUGACAAAAUUUUCAAACAAGAGCUUGCGCUUAAAAUGAAAGAGUAAGAAAUCCAAAACCACAAAAUAUAUAAUUAAAAUAAGAGGUGGAUUAUAAUAA